UAUCACGUCUGUACUGUCAGCUGUCACCAGUUAUCAUGUCAUACUGUUGUCACAUUGUAUGAUAUCCAUCCAAAUUUCAAGAACAAGAUUAGAUUUUUUCUGGGAUUAUAUUGGACCGGCGAAAUAGCAUUACUAUUUUUAUGACUUACAAAGUUUCUUGAAAUGGGUAAUCGAAAUAAAAUCUACGAAAUGUUUCAAACAAUCAGAAAAAAGCUUACUUGGUCAUAUGCUGUAAGUUUAGUAAUGAACCCAAUCCAGCUACCGGUUGCUGCAUUCCUCAUUAUCGUUGCGGAAUUAAUCAUCAACAUACUAGUGGUUGAACGAGUGCCCUACACUGAAAUAGACUGGAAGGCGUAUAUGCAGGAAUGUGAAGGAUUCUUGAAUGGGACCUUGGAUUAUAGCAAGCUUCGUGGUGACACUGGACCGUUAGUAUAUCCAGCUGGCUUCGUUUACAUUUAUUCUUUCUUUUAUUUCCUCACAAAUUAUGGUGAAAAUAUUAGACUUGCUCAAUAUAUAUUUAUUGGUAUCUAUCUGUUACAAUUAUUGCUGGUGUUAAGAAUUUAUAUUAAAACAAGGAAAGUACCUCCAUAUGUUUUUUUAAUAAGUAUUUUAACAUCAUAUAGAAUACACUCAAUCUAUGUUUUACGUUUAUUUAAUGAUCCUAUAGCAGUACUUAUGUUGUAUGUUUCACUUAAUUCAUUUCUAGACGGUAAGUGGUAUCUUGGUAGUAUUUUCUAUAGUUUAGGGGUAUCUGUAAAGAUGAAUAUCCUCUUGUAUGCACCAGCUUUGUUUUUCUUUUAUUUAAUUAAUUUAGGUUUGAAAGACACAGUUAAACAGCUUUUCAUUUGUGGUAUCAUACAACUUGUUUUAGGUUUACCUUUUAUAAUAAGUAAUCCUAUUGCUUACUUAAAAGGCAGUUUUGAUGUGGGACGUGUGUUCAAUCACACAUGGACAGUAAACUUUAGGUUCCUAAAUGUAGAAACAUUUGAAAGUAAAUGUUUUCAUUUAACUCUAUUAGCAAUACACAUUGUGUUGCUCAUUAUAUUUCUGCCCAUGUGUAUAAAAUAUUUUAAAAGUUAUUGUAGAUUAAAAUACGUACAAAAGCAAGUUCAACCACAGAUUGAUGCCAAAAAUACAGAAAGCAAGAGAAGAAAAUUAAAUAAAAGUAAACAGAAAUUUGAUAUGAAAGCUGAAGCUCAAGAAAAGAUUACUAAAGAACAAGAAGAUUUUCUAAACUCAUUUGAAGCCAUGUUACAGAAGUCAUCACAGAAGAGUGGGAAAAAAAAUACAAAAAAGCCCAUUGCACUUGAAGAGGAUACAUAUUACAAUAUAAAUUUUGAUAUAUUGAGUCAGUUGUUUAUUCUUCCAAUGUUCAUAGUGAACUUCAUUGGUGUGGCGUGCGCAAGGAGCCUCCAUUAUCAAUUUUACUCUUGGUAUUUUCACAGCUUACCAUAUUUGUUAUGGUCUUGCAACUUCACUGUAAUUACAAGAUUUUUACUUUUGGCUGUUAUUGAACUUUGUUGGAAUACUUAUCCAAGUACAAAUCUCACAAGUGCAUUACUUCAUAUAUGUCACUUUUUUAUUCUUUAUGGUGUGUACAAAAAAAUAUCAUCUGAAUUAAAUGUGGCUUCUAAAGUCCAGUAGUGAAAUAUGUAUAUAAUUGACUUUCUUCGUUGGUAAUCUGGGUUAUAUGACCCCAGCUGCUUAAUUUACUGAUUUUUCAUAUCAUAGGGUAUCCUAACUUGAAAACCAAACAGUGUAAUUUUAUGACUUAUAAUAUUUUAUAAUAGUUAUAAUUUAUUAAGGUACAAAUUGUAAGUCAGAGAAGGCUCAAAUAUGACUUCUUAUAAAUAUAAAAGCAUAAAUAGAUAGAUGUUGCAAGUACAUCAAUUUACAUGAAAAUAAGUUUAAUAGACUGUUUAUUGUGAUGUUUUAAAAGUAAUUUGUUGACCAAACCAAACACUACAUGCAACCUUUUAAAAAUACUAUUUUUUUUUUCUUUCAAUAUUUAAAUAGACACUUGAGCUUAUUUUAGAGAUAAAAAAAAUAUACAUGAGCUUGUGACAUAUUUGUGAUAAUCAUAAAUCAUUACAAGGAUGUAUAUUCUAUUUAUAAUUUAAACCUAUUAAUGUCCAUUUCUGAACAUGAGCCUUCUCUUUUCUCAGACUGCCACUAGGAAUAAGUAGUGCACUCAUGAGCUAAAAAACGUUAAGGUUCUUGAUGAACACUUGUAAAAAAAUAUUUUUGUAAAUAUAUUAAAGUUAUUUACUAAGGUUA